AAGAACAACAAGAUGGCGCAAAUAAGAAGUUGCUGAGCUGUUGAGAGUUUUGUCUAAACGAGUUUCUCAAUGAUCAGUUAAUCCUGCUGAAGAAACAUCGACAGAGUUUAAAGAAAUCAUCGUCAAGUCGGAGGAAGAGAUGGAUGAUCAUCGCAGACUGCUGGAUUUCUCCCGGAGGCCCCAGAUAAUCUUACACCGAAUAGAUUGCCUGCAACAUAACGUUUCUGAGGAGCAGAUAUGUAACCAGGAGAGGAGCAUCACUCUGGACAAGGACGAGUUAGAACCUCUGCAGGUGAAACAAGAACAGGAAUGGCCUGAAAAUCUGCAGAUAAAAGAAGAGCAGGAGGUUCUAGAGCAUCAGCAGAUAAAAGAAGAGCAGAAGGUUCUAGAGCAUCAGCAGAUAAAAGUGGAUGAGAAAGAAGAUUACAACAGUCAGGGUGAUAAGCAGCUUGAGCUAAAACAAGAGACAGAUACCAGCAUGGUGGUUCCUAUUUCCGAGACAACAUACCACACUGAAUCAGAAGCAAACAAGAAACAAGACAUCUUCCAGGAAGCUGCUGAUUCUGAGGACCAAAAUCAGAAAAGAAGAAAGCCUUUCUUAUGUGCCAUAUGUAAAAAACGUUUCACUUUCAAAUCUGCUUUUGAGCCUCACAUGAGAACUCACUCUGGUGAAAAGCCGUUUUCAUGUGUGAACUGUGGAAAAAGUUUUAGUCAAAAUCCGCAUUUCACUCAGCACAUGAUGAUUCACACUGCUGAAAAGCCGUUUUCAUGUGUGAACUGUGGAAGAAGUUUUACUGUAAAACAGGAUUUAACUCGGCACAUGAUGAUUCACACAGGUGAAAAGCCGUUUUCAUGUGUGAACUGUGGAAAAAGUUUUCGUCGAAAACCGCAUUUAACUCAGCACAUGAUGAUUCACACAGGUGAAAAGCCAUUUUCAUGUGUGAACUGUGGAAAAAGUUUUAGUCGAAAACGGGAGUUAACUCGGCACAUGAUGAUUCACACUGGUGAAAAGCCGUUUUCAUGUGUGAACUGUGGAAAAAGGUUUACUCUAAAACAGGAUUUAACUCAGCACAUGAUGAUUCACACUGGUGAAAAGCCAUUUUCAUGUGUGAACUGUGGAAAAAGUUUUAGUCGAAAACAGACUUUAACUCAGCACAUGAUGAUUCACACUGGUGAAAAGCCGUUUUCAUGUGUGAACUGUGGAAAACGUUUUAGUGGAAAACAGGAGUUAACUCGGCACAUGAUGACUCACACUGUUGAAAAGCCAUUUUCAUGUGUGAACUGUGGAAAAAGUUUUCGUCGAAAAGAGCAUUUAACUGAGCACAUGAUGAUUCACACUGGUGAAAAGCCGUUUUCAUGUGUGAACUGUGGAAAAAGUUUUAGACAAAAACAGGCGUUAACUGAGCACAUGAUGAUUCACACUGGUGAAAAGCCGUUUUCAUGUGUGAACUGUGGAAAAAGUUUUAGUCGAAAAUCGGAGUUAACUCGGCACAUGAUGAUUCACACUGGUGAAAUGCCAUUUUCAUGUGUGAACUGUGGAAAAAGUUUUAGACAAAAACAGGCGUUAACUCAGCACAUGAUGAUUCACACUGGUGAAAAGCCGUUUUCAUGUGUGAACUGUGGAAAAAGUUUUAGUCGAAAAUCGGAGUUAACUCGGCACAUGAUGAUUCACACUGGUGAAAUGCCAUUUUCAUGUGUGAACUGUGGAAAAAGUUUUAGACAAAAACAGGCGUUAACUCAGCACAUGAUGAUUCACACUGGUGAAAAGCCGUUUUCAUGUGUGAACUGUGGAAAAAGUUUUAGUCGAAAAUCGGAGUUAACUCGGCACAUGAUGAUUCACACUGGUGAAAAGCUGUUUUCAUGUGUGAACUGUGGAAAAAGUUUUCGUCGAAAACGGGAGGUAACUGAGCACAUGAUGAUUCACACUGGUGAAAAACCGUUUUCAUGUGUGAACUGUGGAAAAAGUUUUCGUCAAAAACGGGAGGUAACUGAGCACAUGAUGAUUCACACUGGUGAAAAACCGUUUUCAUGUGUGAACUGUGGAAAAAGUUUUCGUCAAAAACGGGAGGUAACUGAGCACAUGAUGAUUCACACUGGUGAGAAGCCAUUUUCAUGUGUGAACUGUGGAAAAAGUUUUCGUCGAAAACGGGAGUUAACUCAGCACAUGAUGAUUCACACUGGUGAAAAGCCAUUUUCAUGUGUGAACUGUGGAAAACGUUUUAGUGGAAAACGGGAGUUAACUCGGCACAUGAUGAUUCACACUGGUGAAAAGCCGUUUUCAUGUGUAACCUGUGGAAAAUGUUUUCGUCACAAAGUUAAUUUAACUCGGCACUUGAGGCGUCACAUAGGUGAAAAGCUGUAGAAGUAUUUUCCAUACAUGUCCUAUGUUGAGGUUCACUAUGGAAUUGUUCUGGUUAUAAACUAGAAUAAAUGACUGGAGGAGUUUCAUGUCUAUAAACCUUAAAAUUUUUGUAUUUGUUAAAUGUUCACAUUUGGAUACUUGGAGAUGUGCCACCAUGACACAUUUUCCUGUGGAGAUGCUUUGUUUAUUUUGGGGUUUUUUUGCAUAGUCUGUAUCAA